GAAUGGAUCCCACCAGCUGUCUAAGACUAGAAAGGCGUGGAAUGGAUCCUACCAGCUGUCUAGAAUUCCACUCCAUAUAGUGUGUUGCACAUUGUCUCACGAAGGUGAGACGAAGCCCCCUUUCCCUUAUUUAUUUUAUCCCAAGUGAUCGAUAAUCAUUUAACGCACUCGCCCCUCCUCACCUAUUUAUAUCCCCUUCCCCACUCAUCCAACUCCAUCGAUCAAACACCUCUCCUUUCUUCCGUGCUCCGAGACCUUCCCCCUUCCCAAAUAAUGGCUUCAACUCAAGUAGCUAGCGCGACCCUUCUAGGGGUAGUAGUACUAGUCAUGAGCUUAGCCCAAGUGUGCAUGGGAUCCAGAAAGCUAGCCACCUUGGUCCAACCAACACCACUCAAAUACCACAAUGGAGUAGUGCUCCAAGGUGACGUCCCCAUCUCCAUCCUUUGGUAUGGCAAGUUCACCCCAACCCAGAAGUCCAUCAUCUCCGACUUUCUCCUCUCCCUCACUCCCCAGCCCUACCAAAAGCUAUCAAGCCCUUCUGUAUCUCAGUGGUGGAACACCAUUGAUGAGUUCUAUUUGAGCAAGGCUGGAAUCAAGAGCCCAAAGAAGAGCCAAAUCCUUUUGGCUGGCCAAGUCUCGGACGAGAUAUGCUCUUUGGGCAAGUCCCUUACGAGAGACCAAAUCUCCGAGCUGGCGGCCAAGGCUGGCACGAAGAACGGCGGGAUCGCGCUGGUUUUAACGGCCGAGGAUGUGACGGUCGAGGGGUUCUGCAUGAGCCGGUGUGGGCUCCAUGAUUCGGACCGGAAGGCCGGCUCGAGCUACAUCUGGGUCGGGAACCCGGCGACGCAGUGCCCGGGUCAGUGCGCCUGGCCCUUCCACCAGCCAGUCUACGGGCCACAGACCCCGCCGUUAGUGGCGCCUAACGGCGACGUCGGGAUUGACGGCAUGGUGAUGAACCUGGCGAGCAUGAUGGCCGGCACGGUGACCAACCCGUUCGGUGACGGAUUCUACCAGGGCCCGAAGGAAGCGCCGUUGGAGGCGGCGACGGCGUGUCCCGGGGUUUAUGCCAAGGGGGCAUAUCCGGGAUAUCCCGGGGAUUUGUUGGUGGACGCCACGACGGGGGCGAGCUACAACGCGAAUGGGGCCCGCGGGAGGAAGUACGUGGUCCCUGCGUUGUUUGACCCGUCAACGGGCUCCUGCUCCACCUUGGUUUAGGAUGGGGAUUUAGCUGUUUUUAAUCGGAAGAUAUGGGAUUCUUAGACAUUGUUUUGUAUGUAGAUAUGGAGGUGAAGUUUGAAAAAUAGAAUUCUUUCAUUUAAUUGUUGGUCGUUCUAUCGUGGAAACUAAAUAUAAUAAAGAGAAAAGUCUAUCAUUUUGACCUCUCACA